AGAGAGAGAAAGGGAGAGGAGGAGGGAGAGGCAACGGGAGGGCGAGACGGGGAGGGGGGCUCGUAUCCUCGGGGGGGGCUCCGGCGGCCGAGAGCUUUCCGCCCCCCUAUUGUUCUCCUCCCGCUGCUCCCCCAUUAAUCUCCCCUCACGCCGGGGGGGGGGUCCCCGCCGGGGGCGGCCGUUCAAUGGUGAAGCGGAGGAGCCGCCGGCACCCGGAGGCUAUCAGCUUGAUUCCCAGAAGCUUCGGAUUUAAUUACCCGUAUCAUCACAACAUGCAUAGCUGCAGAUUUUAUUAAUGGCUAUAAAGUUAUCGAAUCCUCUUUCAAGUGGACGCGAUUCCCAGCCAGCAGGUCCUUUCACACAUCAGCUCCAGUACUAGCGAAUCCCACAGAAUGGUGAAUAACACUGAAGACCCCCAAGAGGCUUUAUAACGUCCCAUCCCCAUGUAAAGUAUGCUCAGAACUUUUCCAGUAGUUCUGCUGGAAACCAUGUCUCACUACACAGACGAACCAAGAUUUACCAUAGAGCAGAUAGACCUGCUGCAGCGCCUGAGACGUACAGGAAUGACCAGACAUGAAAUCCUCCAUGCGCUGGAAACCUUGGAUCGUCUUGAUCAAGAGCAUAGUGACAAAUUUGGAAGAAGGUCUAGCUACGGAGGUGGUUCCUACAGCAACAGUACCAACAAUGUCCCAGCAUCUUCCUCUACAGCCACGGCUUCAACACAGACCCAGCAUUCUGGGAUGUCCCCCUCACCAAGCAACAGUUAUGACACCUCCCCACAGCCUUGCACUACUAAUCAGAACGGGAGGGAGAGUAACGAGAGGUUGUCUGCAUUCAAUGGGAAGAUGUCACCCACCCGCUACCCGCUAGCAAACAGCUUGGCUCAAAGGUCUUACAGUUUUGAAGCUUCUGAAGAGGACUUGGACAUCGAUGACAAAGUGGAGGAACUGAUGAGGAGGGACAGCAGCGUGAUAAAGGAGGAAAUCAAAGCCUUCCUAGCCAAUCGGAGGAUUUCCCAAGCAGUUGUUGCACAGGUAACAGGUAUCAGUCAGAGCCGGAUCUCGCAUUGGCUUUUGCAGCAGGGGUCAGACUUGAGUGAACAAAAGAAAAGGGCAUUUUACAGAUGGUACCAGCUUGAGAAGACAAAUCCUGGGGCUACGUUAAGCAUGCGACCCGCUCCCAUCCCAAUAGAAGAGCCAGAAUGGAGACAGACGCCUCCCCCAGUCACAGCUACCUCUGGGACCUUCAGACUACGGCGAGGCAGUCGGUUCACGUGGAGAAAGGAGUGCCUGGCUGUUAUGGAAAGUUACUUCAAUGAGAAUCAAUAUCCCGACGAGGCAAAGAGAGAAGAAAUUGCAAACGCCUGUAAUGCAGUUAUACAAAAGCCAGGAAAGAAGUUAUCAGAUCUGGAGCGAGUUACCUCCCUUAAAGUGUACAACUGGUUUGCCAACAGAAGAAAGGAAAUCAAGAGACGAGCCAAUAUCGAAGCAGCAAUCCUGGAGAGCCAUGGAAUAGAUGUACAGAGUCCGGGAGGUCAUUCCAACAGCGACGACGUUGAUGGCAAUGACUACUCAGAGCAGGACACUUGGCAAGUACGCAAUGGGGAGGAGGAGGGAAGAUGUUCAGAGGGAGGCAGAGAAGCAGAGAAGGUAGAAGAAGACAGGAGGAUCUGCUCCAAACAAGCAAGUUACACCAUUCACGCCACACGCAAUGAUGACAGCACUAGCCAUAGUGACCAUCAAGACCCCAUUUCAUUAGCCGUGGAAAUGGCAGCGGUAAACCACACCAUCUUGGCAUUGGCCCGGCAAGGAGCCAACGAGAUCAAGACAGAGGCUCUAGACGACGACUGAUAUAAAGAAGGGGGAGGGUCGAAGCAAGAAGUAACUUAGUUUUAGACGUAGCACCUUAGCAGACUUUUCCUCGGUCCUUAAUAUGUGUUCUUACAGUAUAACUUUGCAGUUUCUUGUACGUCAGUUAGCUGUUAGGGUCUUGUUCUGUGAAGAUGGCAUGGUGCCCUCAGCCUUUGCGUAUACUCUCUCAGUAUUAAUUCCCAAUAAAUAAUCAAUCAACCAACCAACCUCCCUCUCCCAGCCCCAGUGGCUAGAAAAAUCUUGCUGCUCUAUCUUAGCAUUCAAAGUGCUUCCAGGUAUUUUAGACAGUCCUCAAUUACAAGUCUUAGGCUACACUUAAAAUCUUGGAUACCUUUAGAGAUUGUGUAAAAAUAGUCUGUACGCUUUUCCUUCUCUGAGACUGAAAGGAUGCAAGCUGAGGUAGUGGCACAGGGUCGAUGGACACCAGACUGGGAGUAUCAACAGAGAGUAAAAAGAACACUAGAAGCCCCACUUCAGCUGAUUCAGAUUUCCAGCUGCAAUAAGCUGUGCCUCACUGGUCGUACAGUGACUUGAUACACUUUUGGGUGCUGUGCUGAGAAUGUCCAUUGGAAACACAUUCACACAUUUCAGUUGAUACUCACAUAUUCAACACAGACAUCCUCUACUCACAAGCUGCGUGGCUUAGUGGAUAAGUACUGCCUUCUGCCUCUGGGACCAUGAUUGAAGCCCAGCCUGGGAUCAUAUGAAAAAUGAGCUGAAUGUCUAAUGGACAACAGUCCACCUCUCAAAACCACUAUUCAUUAUUUGGCAUGGCUCGUAGUGCCUGCUCAGAAGAGGUCUAGACUCUAUUGAUCUGUCACUAACAGUUUCACUUUUUAUUCUUCCUUUUCUCUCCCCACCCUGUUCCCCUCUCCACUUUGCCACUUUCAAAAGCAAUGUUUUCCAAGAAGGUUUUAAGGUCAUGAAAUGGGUGAGUGAUUUUUUUUACACGUCUGUGUAACUAAUGCCUACAUCUAGCCCGGAAGGUUAUUCGAGAACUUUUACACCUGACCUUUGCUAGUUAACCAUCAUAGCGUAAAUAUUCUCCUAAAUAUGAGCUUUUGUCUUUGCUUAAAGGCAAGAGGAUCUCUUACCAGAGAAAUGGGGUGUGAAUGUUUUGUGUUCUCUUUACUCUGUCCUUGUUAAGAUGUGAGAAAGCUAUACUGCUACGAGCAAUUUAAUUAAUAAUUGGAAGCCAUACUGAUAAUGGAUGUGGUAAUAUUUGUAAAGCAAACCUACUUUAAGUAGCAGAAACUAAUGGAAUUGUUUUCCUUGAUCAUAUGUAGCACUUUUGUUACUUUUUUCUUAAAGAUAUUUAUAUUUGA